AUGCUUGCUGUGUUCGACAGCCAGGCAACAAUUUCUUUGGGAAAAAUUCGAAUUACACUUAAAAGUAGUGGUUUGUCCUUCAACGAAGAAUUCAAACAAUAUUUUCUGCGCACUUCAUACGAUCGGAUCAAGAAUACGUAUGAUCAAUUCGAAAUUAAUUCAAUGUUUGAAGAGCAAAUCGAUGUUGGUGCAGAUUCAAGCAUGCUAAGAUACGAUGGAUCCCAAAUACUGAACUCAAUUCAUACUAAAACUCAUUACAUGACUGAGCCAAUUGGAAGUCAGAAGAUUGAUUGCAUUAAAAUCGAUGAUUCAAGCGAUGAAGAAGACACCGGCAGAGCGCCCGAAAUGUUGGGAAAUACUUCGAUUGAAUCUAUUCGCAAUUUUACAAUGCAGCGACCCACAACUGCUACUGUUAUUGGCGGUCGAUCGGGGCAACAUGGAGGAAGUGGAGCAUCGAUCAAUGAAAGUUGUAUUGGUUCGACCGUUAUCAGGAAGCGUACGAUUAAUCUAAAAACAAAUCACUACAAUAGACGCAGUAACUUAACUGGAAGUGAACUUAUCAUCCCAGCAGUGAUCGCGAGCCAAGACACCAGAUUGAAUGACAAAAGUCACAAGAAUGAUUCAUAUGUUAGAAGCGCUGUUGUGAAUAAACGUACAUCCACUGUGACAUCGAACAAUCAACCAGAAGUCGCUAAUGGCGCUGAAAAAAAUCAUGAUUUUACACUCGAAAACAGCACAACAAAAACAUCAAAUAUACGGCCAACGCAAAACGCUUCAACGCGUUCGACUAUAAAGUCAAUUCCGUCAAAUCAGAUGGAGGUGAAGAAGCUAUUUAAAUGCCAACUUUGUGAAUAUUCUAGCAAUAAAAAGGGUAACCUUAAUACACACUCACGAAUCCAUACAGGCGAGAAACCGUAUCGAUGUGAUAUUUGCCGCAAAGAAUUCAUACAGUCAUAUCACAUGAAGAAGCACAAAGUAACUCACACCGAACAAAUUCCGUUCCAUUGCCGAGGUUGUUUCAAUGGAUUUACCCAGAAGUCCGAUCAAGCAGCACAUGAAAAAGUGUGCAAAUCACGUCGAUAUGAAUGUCAUAUCU